AUGUCAAUUGCCCUUGAUGUUGAGUCAGAUUGCAUGGAUCGAGAUCUGUCCGCAUCUUCCGCCAAUUCAGCGACUACCCUGCCGUUACCUUCUAUCGCCAUCUCGAACGGUCUGCGCGACGAUUCGCAUCUGGUCGCUUCAUUUAUACCGUCCUUUGGAUCCUCAGGAGUGUCGGGUUUCUCGACCUCCGGUUCCCCUGGCCCGCAGAACCCACCAAGGACCGAUAGCGUUACCCCAAACCCGCCAACGACAGCUCUCCCCACUCUCCCGAAGCUGCACGGGGCCUGGGAAUCAUCCACCUCAUCCCCCGAGACUCGAGAAAAGGAGGGCAGUGUCUACUAUACAACAGCUUGGGGCUCUCCGUACGCCGCACCCAGUCCCCGGAGGCUCUCGUGGUCUUUGAGCCAAUUCGCCGGCAUCGAUCGAGACUCAGGCGCGAGCUCUCCAACCUCGGUGCGUAGUGGUAUAUAUCACGGCUCUGAGGUGAACACCACGGAUUUCCUGAAACCUUCCGCCGCGGAGACGUCACGUCACCCACAGGGUAAUCCGCGGAAUCGUUCUCCUAGACGAGACUUAUUCGGCAAAAGAGGAGGCAAAUCAAUCAAGGAUUUCACCCAGGAUUGGAUCAAUCAAUAUCUCUCGGGACAGCCUCGCACGGAGCGGAGUAACUGGUUGAGCGACGACUCCGGUAGUGAGGCCCCCUCGUUCUUCACUGCGCAGAAUCAUUUCGCAGACGACGCUUCCGACGACUGGCUUGGGUUGGAGCAGGACACGCGCGACGAGGACAUCUUGAGAACGCCCACCCUUGCCGAUUUUGUGAGCCGACGAGCUCUUGCUGGGAACAGCGAAAGUAGCCUUGCGCGCCAGAAGCUCAAAGAUUCCCUGCACAAACGAGCGGACACGCUCCGACAAGAAGACUUCUGGGGAUUCGCAUACGACAAAGAUCCCCAGCCAUCCACAAUGACCGAAGUAAUAGAGACACAACAGCAACAACCUCCAGCGGAGGUAGAGCCUCCCAAGGCCCCGUCACCAGCUGACAAGCCGUUGCCUCCACCACCAGCAGAGGCUGAUCAUGAGCCCUCGUCAAUAUCCCAACCACUUGAAAGCUCGGUAAACCCGAUAGCGCCACAAAAGCCAGCUUUGGACAAGGAAUUACCUACACCAACCCCUCGAUUUAGGAAGAAAAUCAACUGGCGCGGGAAAGCUUGCAUUAUCGCCCUUCCUUUUGAAGAUAAGAGAGGUACUGAGGAGUCUAGGUAUCCUUUGUUGACUGUCCAUGAUGUGGAACAACGAAUGAAGAAAUGGGAGGAGGAAGGCUAUGAUAUCCGCGGCUUCACCAUCAGCGGACCAGAAGACGGACCAGAAGAUGUCGCGACCCUUGAGCUCGGCGGUCUCAGUCGCCCGUCCUUCCCUGACUUCAAGGACAUCCAAGAGGAUCGUGAAGCUGUACAAUGCCAUGUCAGCUUCCCGGACAGAGCAGAAUGGGAUGCCUACGUCAAUUGGCUCCAGGAAGAGAAGCUACGGGCGCUAGGGGUUUCCCUUGGCGAUGAAGAGGUGCCGCCAUCCAUCUCCCCUGCUUCUGCUGCUCUGGGUCAAAUGGCGGCUCCCUUCCCCGGGCUCAUUGCAUCACCCCCGAUCCCUACAGCAUCGGCAGCUAGUAAUGCGCUUUCCGUUCCUCACCAUUUUUCUCCUCACUUCAACCAGUCUGCAAAUGCAAGCAACGGUAUCGCGUCGUUGGCGUCUCCAGCCUCGCAGUUCGGGGUGCAAACGCCAUUCCUGGGGGUGGACCAGAGUCUCCUACCGGGGUACAUCCCCUUCCAGCCCACUCCUCCCGCUCAGGGCGCUCUUACUCCCCAGAGCUUCUUCAAUGUUCAUCAAGGCAGCGUUGCCUCAACCAUUCCUGGCAAUUUGCCCAAUAUGACGUCUAUCUUAUCACCGAUUUCACCGUUACAUGAUCAGGGCGUCUUUCACCCUGGCCUGGACGAACCAUCACGGCCAUCACAGGACUCGUUUGCUGGCCACUUUGAUCAUGGCAUGCAGAUGCAGGACAGUAUGCCUGCCGGUCAGAUGUUGCAUCCUGUUCAUCCCCGAGCCGAAACCCCUGACCAUUUCCACGCAUCAACUGUGGAGAUUGCCCAGCCGACACCGCGUGGUCAUAGCCGUGGUCAUAACCUGAGCGAAACCCUCCAAAAGGGCUUGGACCAAGCUGGCCCGUCAGAUUAUCACUUGGAGGAAUCAAUAGAGAGGCAGCUUGAUGAAGACGACCGAAACAAUAUGAACAACUCGGAACUUUACCAAUCGCGAUGGGCGUUGCCGAACAAUGAUCAUCAUAGCAUGCAACGUGUGCCUCAGCAUCUGCAGCAGUUCUAUGGUGAGAAUUACAUGCAUGAUCAUACUAACGAAGGGUCCGACAUCGACACCAAUCCUAGCCUGUCCGGAGUCCCUCAUGGACAUGGCCCGCUCGCAGACAACAUUCCCUGGCAUGAGCCGAAGCCAAGCACAACCUCAUUCGUCGGUGGUCACAAAUCGAAGCUCUCUACAUCAACACUGAACGUUGAGGCGAGAGAGUUCGAUCCGAUGGGGGCGUCGACCAUGCAAAACUUCCCGUCCCAAGGCAAUGCUUUCCAGUUCUCGGGCAUGGGGAAGUCUGGAUUUACCUUUGGAGCCAACUCGGAGCUUCCGCAUGCAAAUGGUUACAAUGCCACUGCUCCUGCAUUCACGCCCGGUGGGGCUAGAGGCGCCAACCACCAGACUGCCCCAUCUGGCGAUUUCAAAUUCUCGUCGGCCUCUUUCAACGUCGCCGCACCUGCCUUCAAUCCAUCCGCAAGUGUCAACUCGAACGCUUCGGAGCAGCCUUCACCCAACAGGACCAAGAUCUUUGGCGACAUCGAUCUAUCUCAGUCAUCGAAGGCAUCUAAGAGAUCAAAAGCGAUUCCGAUUGUCCGCCCGGAUGACAAUGUACAAGACAAGAAGAGCAAGGCCGAUGCGGAAGACGAUCAUGGUCGAGUCUCGUCAGAUCGUCACAAGCGUGCCCGUCGUGGCGAGAGCCCGGAGGGAGAUGUUGAGUUUGCUAUGCCCACUCACCCUCUCACCGAGACCGGUAACGUUCAAGCGUCUCAAGCGCCUCUUGCGUCUCAUGCAACUGCCGAGGGCAAGGAGAACGAGGUGCCAGGGAAGCAGGACCAGAACAACGCGGAGAUGAUCCUGAACCAGAAACACACACCUUCCGAACGAAAAGAUACACCUAUUAGCGAGGCUUCAACAUGGACUCCGUUUGACAUCAAGGACGAACGAUCAGCUUCACAACUGGAUUCAGAAGAACGCAACCAAGACGACACUUCUCAAAAGUCCCUCGGCAAACAACAGGAAACAGACAUACCUUCUGCGCCGCAGGCAACCGCUUCUGAUUCAGAAGAACACAAUAAAUCCAUGGCGAAGAGCGUAGACACUAGUCAGAAAAAUACUUUUCUAUCCGCGACUGCGAAACCGUUCGAGUUUAAGCCCGCUGUUCGUGAAUUUGUGCCGAUUGUUGUCGAAGAAUCGAACACCCUGUCUACUCCCGAGAAGCCAGAAAAGCCACAGAAUGACCUCAUGGCUUCCCGCUACGCUGUUGUUAGCCCGCCACCUUCGCCGAAGCGUGAGAAGGCACCACCCGAAAGUGCUCAGCUAGAGGUAGACAUUCAGGACGAUGCUUCAGAGGCCGCAGCUUCUCAGCCAGCGGCCGAAGAGCUCAGAUCUCUUUCGGAGGAAGAGUCACCCAAUGAUGAGGAGUUAAAUGCCAUCAUGGAACAGCUCAAUGGAGACUCUGACGUCGGAAUCGAAAGGUUAAGCACGCCCCGACCAGCAUACGUUCCCCCGGAGUCUGCCUUGGGACCAUCCAAAGAGAAACGGCACGUCCAUGCCGACAUCCGAAGUGAAGCACCGAGCCCGAGCCCAGGACGAGGUUUGGUGGCUCAGGCCCUCGAAGUCCCUAAGCUCGAUUUCGACGCAUAUUCUCAAGCUUCCGUGUCUCCUUCCAGGGGUUUCGUCUCUGGUGUUCAUUCGCCCGUUCGACAGCUAGUUAGCCGGAUCGAACACAUCAGUGACUGGGAUGAUGUGAUCUCCUCUGGCGAGGAUGAGAAGCUGGCCAACAGAAGCCGCUUCUUUGACCGCCGCGUGAAUGACUUGGUUGGUUCCGUCAUUGAGGAGCGCCUUGGUCCUCUGGAGCGCGCAUUAGAGGCGAUUCAAGAAUCAGUGAUGCUCGCUGCAUCUCAAGCGCAGAACAAAUGGAUCAGGGGAAGCGUAUCUGUUGAGAUCGAAGGAAGUGACGCUGAUGAUGAAGAUGAGGAGUAUGAGGAGGAAGGCAUCUAUGAGGCCAGAUCACCUUUCAUGCAGCGUGACCGCAAGCUUGAUAGACUGAAGAAUAUGAUCCUGGAAGCACUGGCUACUCGUGAAGCUCCACAACUCCCAGAACCGGCAGAGAAUCUCGAACUGCUCAAGCUGCAAGAUAGUGUCGCCGAACUGCAUGCCCUUACUGCGCAGAAACUCUUAGAGGAUCCCACGGAUAAGCUGAGAGACAUGAUGCAGGAGGUUGUAUCAAGCCAGCUGGUUCAGUACCAACCUCGUCCUUCGGAGGCCGAGGAGAUUGGUGCCGACAGCCUCAUGCUGCAGAUUGAAGGCUUGAAGAACAUGUUAAGACUUACUGACGAGCGCGCGGAGCAGGAGUAUAACAUGCGCAGAGAGGCCCAGGACUCUGUGGCUGAGCUCCAGCGACUUCUGAAGCUUGCCGAGAAUGAGGCUGCGCGCCAUAGCGAGGCCGCUGAAUCCGCCGAGGCUCGUCUGCUUCAGUUCAAGGAGGAGAAGAUUCCAUACUUUGAACAAAUCCAGUUUAGAUUUGACACCUUGGAGCAAGAGCAUGCUACACUCAAACUCACCCUUGCCGAGGUCUCCUCGAAGAACAUCUCGCUUGAAGGCACUCUGGACGAGUAUCGGUUUUCCAGCGACAGCUGGAAGCGCGAAAGUGAGCAGGCGAAGGCCGAGCUUGAGAAGACCAAGGCUGAAAAUGAGAAACUUCGUGGCACUAUCGAUCAUCUGAAGACACGAAUCGAAGAUGGUCUGAGCAUUCGGCAGAAUCUCAGCGAGAAAUUUGAUCGCCUUCAGGACGAGAUGGUAACUGUCACUCGGGAUAUCACGCGUGACCAAGCUUCCUGGCGCAGACGGGAGGAGGAGCACAUUGCUAAGUACAAUGAGCUGCGAAGCGCCUACGGCCGCGAGGUCAAGCUGCGUGAGAAGCUUGAGAACGAUAUUGGCGAGCUCGAGCAGCAGGAGAGGGAAGCGGCGAAGCUGAAAUUCAUUUUCGGACAAUCUCAGCAAGAAAACGCCAGGCUAGAGGAACUGGUUGCAAAUUUGAGAAUCGAGAACCACGACCUGGAGAGCAAGGCUGCUCGCUAUGAGCGCGAGUUCAACGAGGCACGUGAGACCAGUCGCACCGAGAUCCAGCGAACGCGAACUUCGCUGGAGUCGGAUCUUGAGGCCGCCAACAGCCAAGUCAACAUUGUGCGUGCCGAGCUAGAAGCACAGAUCAUCCGUCUUCAAAGCCAAUUAGAGAAUGUCCGUCUUGAUAAUGACACAGCACGGGAGCGCUACGAGUUGCUUCUGGAAGAAGCCAGCGAAACCAGGGCCGCGGCUCUGGCUGAAGCGGCCGAAUCCAGGGAGCGUGCGAUUGAGGAGCAGCGGACCAUGCAUGAACGUGUUCUCAACGACCUGCGGGAACGUCACGCACGUGCUUUGCAUAACUCCUCCGAGGAUAGACAGCGCGCCGAGUCUCAUCUGAUGGAUCGACUGGCGCUGUCGGAUGACAAGGUGAACCAUCUUGAGGAUCGUGUGCGGCACCUCGAGGAGAAGCUGGAGAUCGCCAACGCGGCUGCUCGCGCAGCGGCCGAAGCGGCUCAAUCAGCCAAGGCUGCUCCUGUCCAGUCGCCCCCCAGGCACUCGAAUUCCCCAUCCAUGUCCUUCAGCAAGGGAUCUAUGGUUCCCGAGAAGAUCUCCCCUCAGGCUUUGCGAGAGUCGAUUCUCGUUCUCCAGGACCAGUUGCAACAGCGUGAAACCCGUAUUGAGGAGCUGGAGCAGGAGCUGUCUGGCGUUGACAAGGAUGCGCCGAACAAGAUCAAAGAGAAAGACACCGAGAUCAACUGGCUGCGCGAGCUUCUCGGAGUUCGUGUUGAUGACCUCCAAGAUAUCAUUAACACCGUGUCUGGUCCAAGCUUCAAUCAGCAUGCGGUGCGUGAUGCGGCUAUCCGUCUCAAGGCCAACCUGCAGAUGCAGCUGCAGGAGCGGGAAAGGGCUCAUUCCGGACAGGGCUUUCCCAGCUUUCCUUCCCUCUCCGAGCUGACCGCGUCGCCGCGUUCUCUUCCUCUGGCAGCCGCAGCGGCCUGGGGUAACUGGCGCAAAGGCAGGGAGAACUCGAAUUCCGGUUCCUCAGAGCAGACGCCGUCCAAGUCAAGCAAUGCAAGCGCAUUUCUCUCAGGGCUUCUGACGCCUCCAGCGUCCAGCUUCCGACAGGGGUCGUCUAACGCAAGUGCACCCAAAGCACCCGGGUGGAGGCGGUCGUCAGAAAGUCGGCCGCUGAGGAAUGUGAACACGACACCCAGACCUUUGGCAUCACGCCCGACUGCUCCUAUGCAAGAGCCCCCCAGCACUCCUCCGCUGCUCCGACGGUCAAGCUACGACCAUGACGCUGAGCCCACUGAUUAUGCAGAGGACUCAUUCGGAGAGGACGUUGAGAGCACAGCGGACGGACUGGUCUCUGCAUCGCCCCGGGGAGCCGAAGAAGGACCCUUUGGGCCACAGUUGACCUCGUGA